AUGGGGAAACACGGCUUCCACUUCAAGAAGGGUGGCUUCGAUUAUGAUGAAUACAAACGCAAGCUCGAGCGUGUCAACUUGCCUGAUAAGAUCCUGUGCAAAAUCUGUGGCAAGAUCUGCAACUCCAACAAGUUUUCCAACCGCCAGCUUGACGAGCUGCGUAAAGCCAUGGCACAGAACCCCAAUGUCACUGGUCUCACCCGUCCUGGCUUUGCUGGUUGCCGAGCUUGUAUCAGCCAUCAAGUCGUGGAGCUCACUUGUUCCGUCUGCGAUAAGACCAAGUCGUUGGAGUACUUCAGCAAGAACCAGCGUUCUUCCCCUGAUACCGCGACCGAAGUAAACGAACCGACGACUUUCCACAAUCUCACUAUCCAUGAUGAGCCACGUCCCCGUAACCUUAUGGAUACUGAGGCUGUUCCUAAAGUCCGUACUCAACGCGCACGCAAUGACCGCGAGGAUGACCUCUCCAUGGGCGGAGUGUGGGUCGACCAAGGCGACGGCAGCACUACUACCACUGCUGCUGCUGCCGCCGCCGCCGCUGCCACUGCCGGACCCAAAGAGGGAAUCGAGUUCACCGGCUUCGAUAAUAAGGGGGUCGCACACCCACGCAAAGCCAAUUCCAACGCCGCUACGCCCGCGCCUACCGGAGAAAAGCCUGCCUCUGCCGCAAACAGUGCUGCCCGGAACGUCACCACCAAAGAACGACGUUCUACCGCUACGCCACGCAAAAACUCCAACUUCGCGAAGGUUACGGGUGGUCGAAUCCCCAAAAACGAAGGCCCUUCUCAGCGUCUUCCUGAACCCGCCGGGCCCACAAUCGAGUCUGACGACGAUGACUCCGAUGACGAAUGUGGCGUCGAGACCUGGAUUUAA